AUGAAGGCUAAAUGGGGCAGAGGGGAAAGGGAGGAAAGGGGAUGUGCAAGGGGGACUGAGCAAGGUGGGAAGGGACCUGAAGCAGACAAGGAGGAAGGUAUCCGACACAUCACCCCGCCCCAUUCUCCCGCUUUCCAUCACCCCGCCCCAUUCUCCCGCUUUCCAUCACCCCGCCCCAUUCUCCCGCUUUCCAUCACCCCGCCGCAUUCUCCCUCCUUCCAUCACCCCGCCCCACUCUCCCGCUUUCCAUCAGCCCACCCCAUUCACCCGCUUUCCAUCACACCGCCCCAUUCUCCCGCUUUCCAUCACCCCGCCCCAUUCUCCCGCUUUCCAUCACCGCGCCCCAUUCUCCCAUCACCCCGCCCCAUUCUCCCGCUUUCCAUCAACCCGCCCCAUUCUCAAGCUUUCCAUCACCCCGCCCCAUUCUUCUCCUUCCAUCACCCCGCCUCAUUCUACCUCCUUCCAUCACCCUGCCCCAUUCUCCCGCUUUCCGUCACCCCGCCCCAUUCUCCCGCUUUCCAGAACCCCGCCCCAUUCUCCCGCUUUCCAUCACCCCGCCACAUUCUCCCACUUUCCAUCACCCCGCCCCAUUCUCCCUCCUUCCAUCACCCCGCCCCAUUCUCCCUCCUUCCAUCACCCCGCCCCAUUCUCCCUCCUUUGAUCACCCCGCCCCAUUCUCCCGCUUUCCAUCAGCCCUCCCCAUUCUCCCGCUUUCCAUCACCCCGCCCCAUUCUCUCGCUUUUCAUCACCCCACCCCAUUCUACCGCUUUCCAUCACCCCGCCCCCUUCUCCCUCCUUCCAUCACCCCGCCCCAUUCUCCCUCCUUCCAUCACCCCGCCCCAUUCUCCCACUUUCUAUCAGCCCGCCGCAUUCUCCCGCUUUCCAUCACCCCGCCUCUUUCUCCCGCUUUCCAUCUCCCCGCCCCAUUCUCCCGCUUUCCAUCACCCCGCCCCAUUCUCCCGCUUUCCAUCACCCCGCCCCAUUCUCCCGCUUUCCAUCACCCCGCCCCAUUCUCCCGCUUUCCAUCACCCUGCCCCAUUCUCCCGCUUUCCAUCACCCUGCCCCGUUCUCCAGCUUUCCAUCACCCUGCCCCUUUCUCCCGCUUUCCAUCACCUUGCCCCAUUCUCCCGCAAUCCAUCACCCCGCCCCAUUCUCCCUCCUUCCAUCACCUUGCCUCAUUCUCCCGCUAUCCAUCACCCCGCCCCAUUCUCCCUCCUUCCAUUACCCCGCCCCAUUCUUUCGCUUUACAUCAGCCCGCCCCAUUCUCCCGCUUUCCAUCACCCCGCCCCAUUCUCCCGCUUUCCAUCACCCCGCCCCAUUCUCCCGCUUUCCAUCACCCCGCCCCAUUCUCCCGCUUUCCAUCACCCCGCCCCAUUCUCCCGCUUUCCUUCACCCGCCCCAUUCUCCCGCUUUCCCUCACCCCGCCCCAUUCUCCAGCUUUCCAUCACCCCGCCCCAUUCUCCCGCUUACCAUCACCCCGCCCCAUUCUCCCGCUUUCCAUCACCCCGCCCCAUUCUCCCGGUUUCCAUCACCCCGCCCCAUUCUCCCACUUUCCAUCACCCCGCCCCAUUCUCCCUCCUUCCAUCACCCCGCCUCAUUCUACCUCCUUCCAUCACCCCGCCCCAUGCACCCGCUUUCCAUCACCCCGCCCCAUUCUCCCGCUUUUCAUCACCCCGCCCCAUUCUCCCGCUUUCCAUCACCCCGCCCCAUUCUCCCGCUUUCCAUCACCCCGCCCCAUUCUCCCUCCUUCCAUCACCCCGCCCCAUUCUCCCGCUUUCCAUCAGCCCACCCCAUUCACCCGCUUUCCAUCACACCGCCCCAUUCUCCCGCUUUCCAUCACCUCGCCCCAUUCUCCCGCUUUCCAUCACCCCGCCCCAUUCUCCCAUCACCCCGCCCCAUUCUCCCGCUUUCCAUCACCACGCCCCAUUCUCCCGCUUUCCAUCACCCCGCCCCAUUCUCCCGCUUUCCAUCACUCCGCCCCAUUCUCCCGCUUUCCAUCACCCCGCCCCAUUCUCCCGCUUUCCAUCACCCCGCCCCAUUCUUCUCCUUCCAUCACCCCGCCUCAUUCUACCUUCUUCCAUCACCGCGCUCCAUUCUCCCGCUUUCCAUCACCCCGCCCCAUUCUCCCGCUUUCCAUCACCCCGCCCCAUUCUCCCGGUUUCCAUCACCACGCCCCAUUCUCCCGCUUUCCAUCACCCCGCCCCAUUCUCUCUCCUUCCAUCACCCUGCCCCAUUCUCCCGCUUUCCGUCACCCCGCCCCAUUCUCCCGCUUUCCAUAACCCUGCCCCAUUCUCCCGCUUUCCAUCAACCCGCCACAUUCUCCCACUUUCCAUCACCCCGCCCCAUUCUCCCUCCUUCCAUCACCCCGCCCCAUUCUCCCUCCUUCCAUCACCCCGCCCCAUUCUCCCGCUUUCCAUCAGCCCUCCCCAUUCUCCCGCUUUCCAUCACCCCGCCCCAUUCUCUCGCUUUCCAUCACCCCACCCCAUUCUCCCGCUUUCCAUCACCCCGCCCCCUUCUCCCUCCUUCCAUCACCCCGCCCCAUUCUCCCUCCUUCCAUCACCCCGCCCCAUUCUCCUACUUUCUAUCAGCCCGCCCCAUUCUCCCGCUUUCCAUCUCCCCGCCCCAUUCUCCCGUUUUCCAUCACCCCGCCCCAUUCUCCCGCUUUCCAUCACCCCGCCCCAUUCCCCCGCUUCCCAUAAUCCCGCCCCAUUCCCCCGCUUUCCAUCACCCCUCCCCAUUCUCCCUCCUUCCAUCACCCCGCGCCAUUCUCCCGCUUUCCAUCACCCACCCCAUUCUCCCGCUUUUCAUCACCCCGCCCCAUUCUCCCGCUUUCCAUCACCCCGCCCCAUUCUCCCGCUUUCCAUCACCCCGCCCCAUUCUCCCGCUUUCCAUCACCCCGCCGCAUUCUCCCUCCUUCCAUCACCCCGCCCCAUUCUCCCGCUUUCCAUCAGCCCACCCCAUUCACCCGCUUUCCAUCACACCGCCCCAUUCUCCCGCUUUCCAUCACCCCGCCCCAUUCUCCCGCUUUCCAUCACCGCGCCCCAUUCUCCCAUCACCCCGCCCCAUUCUCCCGCUUUCCAUCACCCCGCCCCAUUCUCCCGCUUUCCAUCACCCCGCCCCAUUCUUCUCCUUCCAUCACCCCGCCUCAUUCUACCUCCUUCCAUCACCCUGCCCCAUUCUCCCGCUUUCCGUCACCCCGCCCCAUUCUCCCGCUUUCCAUCACCCCGCACCAUUCUCCCGCUUUCCAUCACCCCGCCCCAAUCUCCCGCUUUCCAUCACCCCGCCCCAUUCUCCCGCUUUCCAUCACCCCGCCCCAGUCUCCCCCUUUCCAUCACCCUGCCCCAUUCACCCGCUUUCCAUCACCCCGCCCCAUUCUCCGCUUUCCAUCACCCCGCCCCAUUCUCCCGCUUUCCAUCACCCCGCCCCAUUCUCCCAUUUUCCAUCACCCCGCCCCAUUCUCCCUCCUUUGAUCACCCCGCCCCAUUCUCCCGCUUUCCAUCAGCCCUCCCCAUUCUCCCGCUUUCCAUCACCCCGCCCCAUUCUCUCGCUUUCCAUCACCCCACCCCAUUCUCCCGCUUUCCAUCACCCCGCCCCCUUCUCCCUCCUUCCAUCACCCCGCCCCAUUCUCCCUCCUUCCAUCACCCCGCCCCAUUCUCCUACUUUCUAUCAGCCCGCCCCAUUCUCCCGCUUUCCAUCUCCCCGCCCCAUUCUCCCGUUUUCCAUCACCCCGCCCCAUUCUCCCGCUUUCCAUCACCCCGCCCCAUUCCCCCGCUUCCCAUAAUCCCGCCCCAUUCCCCCGCUUUCCAUCACCCCUCCCCAUUCUCCCUCCUUCCAUCACCCCGCGCCAUUCUCCCGCUUUCCAUCACCCACCCCAUUCUCCCGCUUUUCAUCACCCCGCCCCAUUCUCCCGCUUUCCAUCACCCCGCCCCAUUCUCCCGCUUUCCAUCACCCCGCCCCAUUCUCCCGCUUUCCAUCACCCCGCCGCAUUCUCCCUCCUUCCAUCACCCCGCCCCAUUCUCCCGCUUUCCAUCAGCCCACCCCAUUCACCCGCUUUCCAUCACACCGCCCCAUUCUCCCGCUUUCCAUCACCCCGCCCCAUUCUCCCGCUUUCCAUCACCGCGCCCCAUUCUCCCAUCACCCCGCCCCAUUCUCCCGCUUUCCAUCACCCCGCCCCAUUCUCCCGCUUUCCAUCACCCCGCCCCAUUCUUCUCCUUCCAUCACCCCGCCUCAUUCUACCUCCUUCCAUCACCCUGCCCCAUUCUCCCGCUUUCCGUCACCCCGCCCCAUUCUCCCGCUUUCCAUCACCCCGCACCAUUCUCCCGCUUUCCAUCACCCCGCCCCAAUCUCCCGCUUUCCAUCACCCCGCCCCAUUCUCCCGCUUUCCAUCACCCCGCCCCAGUCUCCCCCUUUCCAUCACCCUGCCCCAUUCACCCGCUUUCCAUCACCCCGCCCCAUUCUCCGCUUUCCAUCACCCCGCCCCAUUCUCCCGCUUUCCAUCACCCCGCCCCAUUCUCCCAUUUUCCAUCACCCCGCCCCAUUCUCCUGCUUUCCAUUACCCCGCAUCAUUCUCCCGCUUACCAUCAUCCCGCCCCAUUCCCCCGCUUUCCAUCACCUCUCCCUCCUUCCAUCACCCCGCCCCAUUCUCCCGCUUUCCAUCACCCCGCCGCAUUCUCCCGCUUUCCAUCACCUCGCCCUAUUCUCCCGCUUUCCAUCACCCCGCCCCAUUCUUCCGCUUUCCAUCACCCCGCCCCAUUCACCCGCUUUCCAUCACCCCACCCCAUUCUCCCGCUUUCCAUCACCCCGCCCCAUUCUCCCGCUUUCCAUCACCCCGCCCCAUUCUCCCGCUUUCAAUCACCCCGCCCCAUUCUCCCGCUUUCCAUCACCCCACCCCAUUCUCCCGCUUUCCAUCACCCCGUCCCAUUCUCCUGCUUUCCAUCACCCCGCCUCAUUCUCCCGCUUUCCAUCACCCCGCCCCAUUCUCCCGCUUCCCAUCACCCCGCCCCAUUCUCCCGCUUUCCAUCACCCUGCCCCAUUCUCCCGCUUUCCAUCACCCCGCCCCAUUCUCCUUCCUUCCAUCACCCCGCCCCAUUCUCCCGCUUUCCAUUACCCCGCCCCAUUCUCCCGCUUUCCAUCACCCCGCCCCAUUCUCCCACUUUCCAUCACCCCGCCCCAUUCUCCCGCUUCCCAUAUCCCCGCCCCAUUCUCCUGCUUUCCAUCACCCCGCCCCAUUCUCCCUCCUUCCAUCACCCCACCUCAUUCUCCCUCCUUCCAUCACCCCGCCCCAUUCUCCCGCUUUCCAUCACCCCGCCCCAUUCUCCCGCUUUCCAUCACCCCGCCCCAUUCUCCCGCUUUCCAUCACCCCGCCCCCUUUCCAUCACCCUGCCCCAUUCUCCCGCUUUCCAUCACCUUGCCCCAUUCUCCCGCAAUCCAUCACCCCGCCCCAUUCUCCCUCCUUCCAUCACCUUGCCUCAUUCUCCCGCUAUCCAUCACCCCGCCCCAUUCUCCCUCCUUCCAUCACCCUGCCCCAUUCUCCCUCCUUCCAUUACCCCGCCCCAUUCUCCCGCUUUACAUCAGCCCGCCCCAUUCUCCCGCUUUCAAUCACCCCGCCCUAUUCUCCCGCUUUCCAUCACCCCGCCCCAUUCUCCCGCUUUCCAUCACCCCGCCCCAUUCUCCCGCUUUCCAUCACCCCGCCCCAUUCUCCCGCUUUCCUUCACCUGCCCCAUUCUCCCGCUUUCCCUCACCCCGCCCCAUUCUCCAGCUUUCCAUCACCCCGCCCCAUUCUCCCGCUUACCAUCAACCCGGCCCAUUCUCCUGCUUUCCGUCACCCCGCCCCAUUCUCCCGCUUUCCAUCACCCCGCCCCAUUCUCCCGCUUUCCAUCACCCCGCCCCAGUCUCCCGCUUUCCAUCACCCCGCCCCAUUCUCCCGCUUUCCAUCACCCCGCCCCAGUCUCCCGCUUUCCAUCACCCUGCCCCAUUCACCCGCUUUCCAUCACCCCGCCCCAUUCUCCCGCUUUCCAUCACCCCGCCCCAUUCUCCCGCUUUCCAUCACCCCGCCCCAUUCUCCCACUUUCCAUCACCCCGCCCCAUUCUCCCGCUUUCCAUCACCCCGCAUCAUUCUCCCGCUUACCAUCAUCCCGCCCCAUUCCCCCGCUUUCCAUCACCUCUCCCUCCUUCCAUCACCCCGCCCCAUUCUCCCGCUUUCCAUCACCCCGCCGCAUUCUCCCGCUUUCCAUCACCUCGCCCCAUUCUCCCGCUUUCCAUCACCCCGCCCCAUUCUUCCGCUUUCCAUCACCCCGCCCCAUUCACCCGCUUUCCAUCACCCCACCCCAUUCUCCCGCUUUCCAUCACCCCGCCCCAUUCUCCCGCUUUCCAUCACCCCGCCCCAUUCUCCCGCUUUCAAUCACCCCGCCCCAUUCUCCCGCUUUCCAUCACCCCACCCCAUUCUCCCGCUUUCCAUCACCCCGUCCCAUUCUCCCGAUUUCCAUCACCCCGCCUCAUUCUCCCGCUUUCCAUCACCCCGCCCCAUUCUCCCGCUUCCCAUCACCCCGCCCCAUUCUCCCGCUUUCCAUCACCCCGCCCCAUUCUCCCGCUUUCCAUCACCCCGCCCCAUUCUCCUUCCUUCCAUCACCCCGCCCCAUUCUCCCGCUUUCCAUUACCCCGCCCCAUUCUCCCGCUUUCCAUCACCCCGCCCCAUUCUCCCACUUUCCAUCACCCCGCCCCAUUCUCCCGCUUCCCAUAUCCCCGCCCCAUUCUCCUGCUUUCCAUCACCCCGCCCCAUUCUCCCUCCUUCCAUCACCCCACCUCAUUCUCCCUCCUUCCAUCACCUCGCCCCAUUCUCCCGCUUUCCAUAACCCCGCCCCAUUCUCCCGCUUUCCAUCACCCCGCCACAUUCUCCCACUUUCUAUCACCCCGCCCCAUUCUCCCUCCUUCCAUCACCCCGCCCCAUUCUCCCUCCUUCCAUCACCCCGCCCCAUUCUCCCUCCUUUGAUCACCCCGCCCAAUUCUCCCGCUUUCCAUCAGCCCUCCCCAUUCUCCCGCUUUCCAUCACCCCGCCCCAUUCUCUCGCUUUUUAUCACCCCACCCCAUUCUACCGCUUUCCAUCACCCCGCCCCCUUCUCCCUCCUUCCAUCACCCCGCCCCAUUCUCCCUCCUUCCAUCACCCCGCCCCAUUCUCCCACUUUCUAUCAGCCCGCCCCAUUCUCCCGCUUUGCAUCACCCCGCCUCUUUCUCCCGCUUUCCAUCUCCCCGCCCCAUUCUCCCGCUUUCCAUCACCCCGCCCCAUUCUCCCGCUUUCCAUCACCCCGCCCCAUUCUCUCGCUUCCCAUCAUCCCGCCCUAUUCCCCCGCUUUCCAUCACCCAUCCCCAUUCUCCCUCCUUCCAUCACCCACCCCCAUUCUCCCGCUUUCCAUCACCCGCCCCAUUCUCCCGCUUUCCAUCACCCCGCCCCAUUCUCCCGCAUUCCAUCACCCCGCCCCAUUCUCCCGGUUCCAUCACCCCGCCCCAUUCUCCCACUUUCCAUCACCCCGCCCCAUUCUCCCUCCUUCCAUCACCCCGCCUCAUUCUACCUCCUUCCAUCACCCCGCCCCAUGCACCCGCUUUCCAUCACCCCGCCCCAUUCUCCCGCUUUUCAUCACCCCGCCCCAUUCUCCCGCUUUCCAUCACCCCGCCCCAUUCUCCCGCUUUCCAUCACCCCGCCCCAUUCUCCCUCCUUCCAUCACCCCGCCCCAUUCUCCCGCUUUCCAUCAGCCCACCCCAUUCACCCGCUUUCCAUCACACCGCCCCAUUCUCCCGCUUUCCAUCACCCCGCCCCAUUCUCCCGCUUUCCAUCACCCCGCCCCAUUCUCCCAUCACCCCGCCCCAUUCUCCCGCUUUCCAUCACCACGCCCCAUUCUCCCGCUCUCCAUCACCCCGCCCCAUUCUCCCGCUUUCCAUCACUCCGCCCCAUUCUCCCGCUUUCCAUCACCCCGCCCCAUUCUCCCUCCUUCCAUCACCCCGCCCCAUUCUCCCACUUUCUAUCAGCCCGCCCCAUUCUCCCGCUUUCCAUCACCCCGCCUCUUUCUCCCGCUUUCCAUCUCCCCGCCCCAUUCUCCCGCUUUCCAUCACCCCGCACCAUUCUCCCGCUUCCCAUCAUCCCGCCCUAUUCCCCCACUUUCCAUCACCCAUCCCCAUUCUCCCUCCUUCCAUCACCCCGCCCCAUUCUCCCGCUUUCCAUCACCCGCCCCAUUCUCCCGCUUUCCAUCACCCCGCCCCAUUCUCCCGCAUUCCAUCACCCCGCCCCAUUCUUCCGCCCACCCCAUUCACCCGCUUUCCAUCACACCGCCCCAUUCUCCCGCUUUCCAUCACCCCGCCCCAUUCUCCCGCUUUCCAUCACCCCGCCCCAUUCUCCCAUCACCCCGCCCCAUUCUCCCGCUUUCCAUCACCACGCCCCAUUCUCCCGCUUUCCAUCACCCCGCCCCAUUCUCCCGCUUUCCAUCACUCCGCCCCAUUCUCCCGCUUUCCAUCACCCCGCCCCAUUCUCCCGCUUUCCGUCACCCCGCCCCAUUCUUCUCCUUCCAUCACCCCGCCUCAUUCUACCUCCUUCCAUCACCCCGCCCCAUUCUCCCGCUUUCCAUCACCCCGCCCCAUUCUCCCGCUUUCCAUCACCACGCAACAUUCUCCCGCUUUCCAUCACCCCGCCCCAUUCUCUCUCCUUCCAUAACCCUGCCCCAUUCUCCCGCUUUCCAUCAACCCGCCACAUUCUCCCACUUUCAAUCACCCCGCCCCAUUCUCCCUCCUUCCAUCACCCCGCCCCAUUCUCCCUCCUUCCAUCACCCCGCCCCAUUCUCCCCUUUCCUUUACCCCGCCCCAUUCUCCUGCUUUCCAUCACCCCGCCCCAUUCUCCCUCUUUCCAUCACCCCGCCCCAUUCUCCCGCUUUCUAUCACCCCACCCCAUUCUCCCGCUUUCCAUCACCCCGUCCCGUUCUCCCUCUUUCCAUCACCCCGCCCCAUUCUCCCGCCUUUCAUCACCCCGCCCCAUUCUCCCGCUUUCCAUCACCCCGCCCCAUUCUCCCGCCUUCCAUCACCCCGCCCCAUUCUCCCUCUUUCCAUCACCCCGCCCCAUUCUCACGCUUUCCAUCACCCCGCCCCAUUCUCCCUCAUUCCAUCACCCGCCCCAUUCUCCCGCUUUCCAUCACCCCGCCCCAUUCUCCCUCUAUCCAUCACCCCGCCCAAUUCUCCCACUUUCCAUCACCCCGUCCCAUUCUCCCAUUUCCAUCACCCCGCCCCAUUCUCCUGCUUUCCAUCACCCCGCCCCAUUCUCCCUCUUUCCAUCACCCCGCCCCAUUCUCCCGCUUUCCAUCACCCCGCCCCAUUCUCCCGCUUUCCAUCACCCCGCCCCAUUCUCCCGCUUUCCAUCACCCCGUCCCAUUAUCCCUCUUUCCAUCACCCCGCCCCAUUCUCCCGCUUUCCAUCACCCCUCCCCAUUCUUCCUCUUUCCAUCUCCCCGCCCCAUUCUCCCUCUCUCCAUCACCCCGCCCCAUUCUCCCUCUUUCCAUCACCCCGCCCCAUUCUCCCUCUUUCCAUCACCCCGCCCCAUUCUCCCGAUUUCCGUCACCCCGCCCCAUUCUCCCUCUUUCCAUCACCCCGCCCCAUUCUCCCUCUUUCCAUCACCCUGACCCAUUCUCCCGCUUUCCAUCACCCCGCCCCAUUCUCCCUCUUUCGAUCACCCCGCCCCAUUCUCCCGCUUUCCAUCACCUUGCCCCAUUCUCCCGCUUUCCAUCACCCCGCCCCAUUCUACCGCUUUCCAUCACCCCGUCCCAUUAUCCCUCUUUCCAUCACCCCGCCCCAUUCUCCCGCUUUCCAUCACCCCGCCCCAUUCUUCCUCUUUCCAUCUCCCCGCCCCAUUCUCCCUCUGUCCAUCGCCCCGCCCCAUUCUCCCUCUUUCCAUCACCCCGCCCCAUUCUCCCUCUUUCCAUAACCCCGCCCCAUUCUCCCGAUUUCCAUCACCCCGCCCCGUUCUCACGCUUUCCAUCACCCCAACCCAUUCUCCCUCUUUCCAUCACCCGCCCCAUUCUCCCGCUUUCCAUCACCCCGUCCCAUUAUCGCUCUUUCCAUCACCCCGCCCCAUUCUCCCGCUUUCCAUCACCCCGCCCCAUUCUUCCUCUUUCCAUCUCCCCGCCCCAUUCUCCCUCUUUCCAUCACCCCGCCUUAUUCUCCCGCUUUCCAUCACCCCGCCCCAUUUUCCCGAUUUCCAUCACCUCGCCCCAUUCUCCCGCUUUCCAUCACCUCGCCCCAUUCUCCCGCUUUCCAUCACCCCGCCUCAUUCUCCCGCUUUCCAACACCUCGCCCCAUUCUACCGCUUUCCAUCACCUCGCCCCUUUCUCACUCUUUCCAUCACCCCGUCCCAUUCUCCCUCUUUCCAUCACCCCGCCCCAUUCUCCCGCUUUCCAUCACCCCGCCCCAUUCUCCCUCUUUCCAUAA